AUGCGUUGGUUACAAUUAAUGAUCGCAAACGCACUGCGGGCGUACUUUAGGGCAAAAGGGGAAGAAACUGGAUGUUUGGCGUAUCGGGCUCGGAUGCAUCGCUUUUUUGCAGAGCUGGAGCCAUCUCUAUCCGUCACUGAGCAAAACCUGGCAGACCGAGUUCGGUAUAUCCUGCGCUCCAACAUAUUUGGUGACGCCGAACUCGAACGACUACGACGUGAGGCUGUUCCCUCAUCAAAUAUAAAUGCUACGGCUGGGAGUGCGGCGCCACUAGAUGCGCAGCAAACUGCAUAUGUGGAUGCUGCCGUCAAUAUUCCAUUUGUGGUUAAUUCAAACGAUGAUGGAAUAGUCUCCCACGAACUAGAGAAAAUGAGGAGCAUAUUGGAAGAGUCGAUGCUGGAAACGCGCAGCAUGCCUCUCGAAAAUCGACCGCGACUUCCCCGCAUUCCCCUUAGCAAGCGAUAUCGGGCUGUCAUGCGGGCUCUUAAUCCAAUGCUGGUGACCUAUUUGGAAGCCAGCCGGGACCAUUGCGAGACGGACUCAAUUCUUUUUGGCGCCGCACUGGCAGUAUGCCGUAUUAUUGGCGAUAAACUUCCCAUGGCUGGACGUGCUACUCACCAAAGUAGCGCCAUCCCAGACUGA